UUUGACAAAUGGACAAAUGUGCCAGCCUCAAAGACCUCAGGCAAACUACAGCCAAGUCCAUCAUCUCCCUCCUCAAUCAUCAGUAGCAAGACAUCAGUCUAGAGAACAAUUAAUUGAUUAUCUGAUGUUGAAAGUUGCCCACCAACCCCCCUAUCCCCAGUCUCAGUGUUCCCCCAGACAAAGCCACGAAUUGGCAAAGCAAGAGAUUCGAGUGAGAAUUGACAAGGAUCCAGAACUUGGAUUUAGUAUAUCGGGAGGAGUUGGUGGUAGAGGGAAUCCAUUCAGACCUGAAGAUGAUGGUAUAUUUGUAACCAGAGUGCAACCAGAAGGACCAGCAUCUAAGUUGUUGCAGCCUGGAGAUAAAAUAAUUCAGGCUAAUGGAUACAGCUUCAUCAAUAUUGAUCAUGGACAAGCAGUAUCUUUGCUAAAGACCUUUCAGAAUGCAGUGGAACUCAUCAUUGUACGAGAAGUUUCUUCAUAAAUACUGUGGAUCGAGGGGAAAAGCCAACAGGAUUCAUUGAAAGACUUAUGGGAAACUGAAUAUUUUGCCUAAUUUUAUACACGAAAGGAACUUGAAAAGAAUUAUUAUCAGAAUUUGUCCAGGAAAUAAAAUCCUGAACUUGUGGUUAAAGGGGGAAAAAACCACUGUAUAGAACAUUCAAGAAAUAAUUUUGGAAAUUCAUAUGGUGAAUAAACUUGGUUUUAAGCAUUAUAGCAACUAAGGUAAGGACCACUCCUCCAAGAACAAACCUGUGUUUGUUUUUUGUACAGAUGGUGGGUUUAUUUUUUGAUAAUUCAUACAAGUUACUAAACUUUGUGCAAGGCUUUGCAAAGCCUUGGUUGUAGCCAAUGGACAGAUGGCAGGACUGUCUGUCCUGUAGCUGAUUAUUGCCUUUAUUUUUAUUCACCAGAUAUUAAUGUGUUAUGCUGAAACCACUUCUGUAGAUGUGGACAGGAGAUAUGAAACGUUGGCUUUGCUAUGUGCACAUUGUGUAGAUGAAUGGGUAGAUGGAAGGUGGUGCUGGUUGGACAGAAUAAAGGUCAGGUGAAACAACUAUCUGCUAUCUAAAUCUGG